AUGGACUCAGAUGAAUCGGACUUUUACGGAGACGAGGAGGUAGUAGCUGGGCUCGAAGCUCGAGUCACAUCCUUCGACGUUGCUCAGUGGUGGAAGGAGACCAAUGCUGUCCAGAUUACCCGGAGAGUUAAAAAUGAGCCUCUUGACAGUACCAAGCUCCACAACCCGUACGCCGGCGUCCCCUACGCGUGGCAGUUGACAGAGACCGUCAACGAUUUCCUUGCCCGUAUCCCUCCCGAGACAACCGAGCACAGCGAUCUUCUCCCAUGGAUCUUCAUCUGCAAUCCGUAUAUCAAUCGGAAAGUCAAGUUUGAAGCGCAGAAUCAACGAAGUAGGGGCAACGAGGACGAGGCACCCGAGGAGGAGGGCACCCGGCUUGACACUUUGAUCGAGGGAGGCAUGGAGAGGUUGAACAUCCUGCUCAGCUUCCAGCAAGGCAUCAACAACACCAAGAAGUCUAUGACAGCCAAGUCGAGAGAGAUAGAUCAGGAAAAGAGAGAGGCUAUCCAGGACAUCUUAGGUCUUGCAUAUGCAUGUAAGAUCAAAGCUGGCAAGGCAAGCAUUCCAUGGUCUCGCUGA